AUGUCUUUCAGACGGACGCCUCUAUUUAGCCUCGCUCUUGUGCUGGUUCCAUUGGCCGUGGCCAAUGACCACCCUUACGUCGCCGACUCGGUGUGCAAUUGUUACUUGACCAACUCGUCAGAGAGCUACUUCACCAACCACUUGUUCUUCGACUUCCGCAACCUCGGGCAGUAUGCGGGGGUCCCCGACGUUGUCACCGACUGGGAUGCCAGUGCCAACGCGUCAGUGACAUCCGACUACUUCAACUCGGACGAGUGGACGUCGAUAUGGGGCAUUCAGAACUGGAACAACACCGACAUGAAGGGGAAAGAUGGCAACGAUGCUACGAUUAACAUGGUCAACUCGGCCAGCAACAUCUACAUCGAGAAAAACAACGACCAGGAUGCAUCGUCGGAUACCUUUAUGAGCAUGCGUACCGUGCGUUUCCAGGACUUCCAGAGCUCUGCUGAGAUGGAGUCCAUUUCGAUGGGCUACCACUUCGUCUCUGUCCGCAUGCUCGCCCGCACUCUCGGCGACCCCGGCGCGUGCACGGCGCUGUUCACCUACCGUGAAGCCGAUAAGUACGCCGACGUUCAAGAGGCCGACAUUGAGGUCCUGACCAAGGACCCCGACGACCGCAUCCAGUAUACGAACCAACCAUCCUUCGACUCGCAGGGCAACACCAUCGACAAGUCGACGCAGAACGGCACAAUGCCCAGCGGCACCUCGUGGCGCGACUGGGCUGUCCACCGCCUCGAUUGGGACAAGAAGGACAGCACGUGGCUCGUCGACGGCUCAGAGGUCUCUAGCAUCUCGUUCCAGGUGCCCCGCGAUCCCAGCCGCGUCAUGCUCAACUCCUGGAGCGACGGUGGGUCGUGGUCCGGAAUCAUGCAGGUGGGCGGCUCGGCCGUCAUGCAGAUCCAGUGGAUCGAGAUGGUCUUCAACAACACCGAACAGUCGUCCUCCUCGAGGCGUGACAUUGGGUUUCAGCGGCAUGGUCAUGGGCCCGAGGGUCGGCUGGCGCGCCGCGAUGGCCACGGGAAGUGUCAGGUUGUCUGCAGCAUCGACUCGUCCGACACCGUCGGCCAGGCUGUAAUGCUGCACAACGGGACGGCACCGGGCCACCUGUUGGGACAGUCCAGCGCCAUGGCUUUCUGGCUGCCUAUGGUGCUCAUGUCCGCCAUGUUCUUCCAUCUCUGGGCGUAG